CGCUCGGCUCGGCCCGGCCCGGCCCGGCUCGCUUGGGCUGCGCAUGGCGGCGGCACGGCGGUGAGCGCGGGCGGGCGAGCCGGCCAUGCUGCUGAAGCUCCUGCAGAGGCAGACCUACACGUGCCUGUCGCACCGCUACGGGCCCUGCCUCUGCCUCGGCGGCGUCGUGCUCAUGAUCGUCUCCGCCCUGCAGUUUGGGGAGGUUGUUCUGGAGUGGAGUCGAGACCAGUAUCAUGUUUUGUUUGAUUCUUACAGGGACAAUAUUGCUGGAAAAUCAUUUCAGAAUCGGCUGUGUUUGCCCAUGCCGAUUGAUGUGGUAUACACCUGGGUGAAUGGCACAGAUAUCGAGCUGAUCAAAGAAUUGCAACAAGUUAGGGAACAGAUGGAAGAAGAACAAAAAAUAAUGAGAGAAAUCCUUGGAAAGAAUGCAACGGAACCAACUAAAAAAAGUGAGAAGCACCUGGAGUGUUUGCUGACGCGCUGCAUUAAAGUGCCGAUGCUUGUGCUGGACCCUGCUCUGUCUGCCAACAUCACUCUAAAAGACCUUGCAUCUGUCCAUCCUAAUUUACAAGCUGCUAACUCUCUCUUCUUUGUAGCAAAACCAAAAAAUCCUUCUACCAAUGUGACAGUAAUUGUUUUUGACACUCCUAAGGAAGCUGAAGAUGCUCAUUCAGGAAUGUUAAAAGAAAGCAGUAAACAGACAGUAUGGAGGGGUUAUUUGACUACAGACAAAGAAGUUCCUGGGUUAGUGUUGAUGCAAGACUUGGCCUUUGUUAGUGGAUUUCCAGCAACAUUCAAAGAGACAAGUCAGCUAAGGACAAAACUGCCAGAGAACCUUGCCUCUAAAGUAAAGCUGUUGCAGCUUUAUUCAGAAGCCAGCGUAGCCCUCCUGCAACUGAAUAACCCUAAGGGUUUCCAGGAACUGAGCAAGCAAGCUAAGAAGAACAUGACUAUAGAUGGAAAAGAACUGGCACUCAAUCCUGCUUAUUUACUGUGGGAUCUAAGCACCAUUAGUCAGUCUAAACAGGAUGAAGACAUUUCAGCUAGCCGUUUUGAAGAUAAUGAAGAGCUGAGAUAUUCUUUACGAUCAAUAGAGAGGCAUGCUCCGUGGGUUCGACAUAUUUUCAUUGUCACUAAUGGACAGAUUCCAUCCUGGCUUAACCUGGAUAACCCUCGUAUAACUAUAGUAACACAUCAGGAAAUAUUUCAAAAUUUGAGUCACCUGCCUACCUUUAGCUCCCCAGCUAUCGAAAGUCACAUUCAUCACAUUGCUAGCCUGUCCCAGAAGUUCAUUUAUCUAAAUGAUGAUGUUAUGUUUGGGAAAGAUGUAUGGCCUGAUGAUUUUUACAGUCACUCCAAGGGUCAAAAGGUUUACUUGACUUGGCCUGUUCCAAACUGUGCUGAGGGAUGUCCUGGCUCAUGGAUUAAAGAUGGUUACUGUGAUAAAGCCUGUAAUAAUUCAGCUUGUGAUUGGGAUGGAGGCGAUUGCAUUGGUAACAGUGGAAGUAGCCGUUAUGUUGCUGGCGGUGGUGGAGUUGGAGGAGCAGGGAAUGGUCCACCCUGGCAAUUUGGUGCAGGAAUAAGUGGAGUUUCAUACUGCAAUCAAGGCUGUGCUAAUUCCUGGCUAGCUGAUAAAUUUUGUGACCAGGCAUGCAAUGUUCUUUCUUGUGGAUUUGAUGCUGGUGACUGCGGGCAAGAUCACUUUGAUGAGUUGUACAAGGUGACUCUCCAACUUAAUCAGACUACUUAUAUUAUUCCGAAAGGUGAAUACCUGCCCUAUUUCAGCUUUGUUGAAAUAGCCAAGAAAGGAAUUGAGGGUGCGUAUAGUGAUAAUCCAGUUAUACGCCAUGCUUCUGUUGCCAACAAAUGGAAAACUAUCCACCUGAUAAUGCAUAGUGGAAUGAAUGCAACUGUGAUCUAUUUUAAUCUUACAUUUCUAAAUAAAAAUGAUGAAGAGUUUAAAAUGCAGAUAGCUGUUGAGGUUGAUACUAGAGAGGAACCGAAAUUAAACACAACUACCUCACAGAAAUCUGACACUUACCUGAAAACUACAACUUCAAUACCUGAAGCUGAAAUGAUUUUUGAGGAUAUUCCUGAAGAAAAACGCUUUCCAAGAAUCAAGAAACAUCCAAAUGGCACAUCGGAGGGUUUUCAUCAAAACAUGGUAAUACCUCUAGUAAAUGUGUCUUUCCUCCCUGAAGAUAUUCAGCUGGCUUUGCAAGACCUGGAUUUAAAGCUAGAAAAUGGUGACCUCACUCAGAAAGGAUACAAUCUGUCAAAGGCUGCCCUUUUGAGAUCUUUUCAAAUGUUACCUACUGUUAAAGAAGAUGUAAUAACAGAAAUUCAAAAGCUGGAAAUAAAGGACAAUGGUGCUGGUUUAAAAGACCAAAAAAACCUUACUAAUCAGCAAAAACCUGGUAACGAUUUAAAUGGAGGCAAAAAAGAAGCUACAAUUAAAAUGCAUGAUGUAGUUCCUUCAGAAUUGAUAGCUACAAAGAGUACUUUUGUGCCAAUGAACAUAAAUGGUCAGUUUCAGUUAAAAUCCAUUUCUAAAACAAAGCUUGACUCAAUGCCUUUAACCCAAAAUGUGGGAAAUAAACCUGGAUCUCGAGAAAAAAUACUGAAUGCACUCAUACUAAAGGAAACUUAUAAGUCAAAAGAUACUGGGAAUGUGGAGGCUGCUGAAAAGCCUGAUGGAAUGGAAAUAAACCCAGGUCAUGACCAAAUAGAUACAAAAGGCAAAGCUUUUCCAGGAAGAAAACUACAGUAUUAUGCUGGAAGUGAUCGAGGCUUUUUGCCAUGGGAAAAAAGGAAGUAUUUCCAAGAUCUUCUUGAUGAAGAAGAGGCAUUACUUAAACAGAUGUCCUACCUUACUGAUGGUAAACAAACUGGGAGGCAUCUGAAAGAUACGUUUGCCGAUUCUCUUCGAUAUGUAAAUAAACUUUUAAACAGUAAAUUUGGAUUUACAUCCCGAAAAGUCCCUGCUCAUAUGCCUCACAUGAUUGACCGCACUGUUAUGCAAGAACUACAGGACAUGUUUCCCGAGGAAUUUGACAAGACAUCAUUUCACAAAGUGCGGCACUCGGAAGAUAUGCAGUUUGCUUUUUCGUAUUUCUAUUAUCUCAUGAGCGCAGUUCAGCCACUGAAUGUUUCUCAGAUUUUUGAUGAAGUUGAUACAGAUCAGUCAGGCAUUUUGUCUGACCGGGAGAUUCGUACAUUGGCCACACGAAUCCAUGAACUGCCCUUGAGUUUGCAGGAUUUGACGAGUCUGGAGCAAAUGCUGAUAAAUUGCUCUAAAUCACUUCCUGCUAAUAUAACUCAGAUUAAUGUCAUUCCACCAACACAGGAAGCUUAUUAUGAUCCCAAUCUGCCUCCAGUGACCAAAAACCUAGUGACUAAUUGUAAGCCUGUGACUGACCGAAUUCGUAAGGCAUACAAGGAUAAAAACAAAUAUAGGUUUGAAAUAAUGGGAGAAGAAGAAAUUGCCUUCAAGAUGAUCCGCACCAAUGUUUCUCAUGUAGUUGGUCAGCUAGAUGAUAUAAGGAAAAACCCCAGAAAAUUUGUUUGCCUAAAUGACAAUAUUGACCACAGUCAUAAGGAUGCUCAGACAGUGAAAGCUGUACUUAGAGAUUUUUAUGAAUCCAUGUUUCCCAUUCCAUCCCAAUUUGAGCUGCCAAGAGAGUAUCGGAACCGUUUCCUUCAUAUGCAUGAACUUCAGGAAUGGAGGGCUUACAGAGACAAGCUAAAAUUUUGGACCCACUGUGUUCUAGUAACAUUGAUAGUGUUUACAGUCAUCUCAUUUUUUGCUGAACAGCUAAUUGCACUUAAACGAAAGAUUUUUCCGAGGAGGAGAAUCCAAAAAGAAGUUGGUCAUGAACGAAUCAAGGUGUAGAAGAGCUUUCUUUGGAAAUCAGUCUACCUCAAGAUAUAAUAAUAAUAAGCAUUUAAAAUAUUAAUUGCAAGUGUCUUUUAUGGUGUGACAUUUAGCUGGCUUGACAUGAAGAAAAUAAGUUAAAUGCCCUUGGUUAUAUUCUUUAUAGUACUGUUUGUGGUAGUCAAGCUAUUUAGGUUAUGGCAGAGGAGAAAACAAGAUGGAAGUUGUAUGUAUAUUGGCAGCUCUUGAGUGGUUUUACUUUAUAAGAAUCAGCUCAUGGGCAUGUUAUCCUUUUUAUAAAAAGGGUUACCAAAAGAAACCUAGCUGCAUUUACAGCAGUGGACAUUAAUAAAGUAUGAUGUUAGAAAGUGAAAUUGUUUGGGAUCAAUCAGCAAGGCGUCCCUGACCUUGCAUUCCAAAUCAUUCUGCAAAUUUGUUAUUGGUGCUUUUUCCAGUUUUAGAAGAAAACUAGUGGGUAAUUAAUGAGCUUGCCAUUUAAAUUUAAUAAAUAUUUAAUUAGAUUUAUAUGAUAUAGAAAUAGCAACAAUGCAGCCUCAGAGGUUGAUAUGUAUAAUAUGUAUCCAAAUUAGGAUAUGAUGCAUAUCCUAAUGUUAUAAUACCCAGCUGUGGAGACUCAAGAUUUUUUUUAAAGAUUUUGUUUCUCAUCCCUGUUCAUUAAAUUUCCAGGAAUACUGUGGUAUAAUUUUUAGGCCUAACUACAGAGACAGGGCUGUAAUCAAGUAAAAGUGGCUAGCAUGUAUUAUUAUUUUAUAAUCAUUGUAAAUCUACAAAUAAAAGUGCCUCUCCAUAUGAAUGAAUAAUUUAUCAUUUUAAUGUAGCAGUGUAUUAGAACAAUGUUUUUCUUCUAAAUGCAAUAGUUAUAGUCUCACAUCAAACAUUUGGUGUUUUUAAAUUUGGAAAAGUUCUGGCAGUCUCAUGUUUUCUUACGAUAUGGCAGAUUAGCAAGAUUUUAAAAGGAAGACAAUGCUGUGAUGCUUUUCAAACAGGUAUUUCUGGCAAGUAAUUUAAAUCAUAGUAUUAAUGGUAUUCUAAAAUCAUAUCUUUUUUGUAAUUAAAACAUAAGAUGUAAAAUGUGUGUGUUGUAAGAUAUUAACUUGUUUUGAAAGCAACUAAAUCUAUCUGAAAAACA